AUCUUUCAUUCUGUGUGACAGAAGUAGUAGGAAGUGAGCUGUUCAGAGGCAGGAGGGUCUAUUCUUUGCCAAAGGGGGGACCAGAAUUCCCCCAUGCGAGCUGUUUGAGGACUGGGAUGCCGAGGACGCGAGCGAGCCGGGCAGGGUUUGUCUGGGCACCGUCGGGGUAGGAUCCGGACCGCAUUCGGAAGGCUUUUUGCAGGCAUUUGCUUGGAAGGAGAACUUGGGAUCUUUCUGGGAACCCCCGCCCCGGCUGGAUUGGCCGAGCAAGCCUGGAAAAUGGUAAAUGAUCAUUUGGAUCAAUUACAGGCUUUUAGCUGGCUUGUCUGUCAUAAUUCAUGAUUCGGGGCUGGGAAAAAGACCAACAGCCUACGUGCCAAAAAAGGGGCAGAGUUUGAUGGAGUUGGGUGGACUUUUCUAUGCCAUUUGCCUCCACACCUAGAGGAUAAGCACUUUUGCAGACAUUCGGUGCAGGGGAGAUCAUGUUUGACUGUAUGGAUGUUCUGUCAGUGAGUCCUGGGCAAAUCCUGGAUUUCUACACUGCGAGUCCGUCUUCCUGCAUGCUCCAGGAGAAAGCUCUCAAAGCAUGCUUCAGUGGAUUGACCCAAACCGAAUGGCAGCAUCGGCACACUGCUCAAUCGAUUGAAACGCAAAGCACGAGCUCCGAGGAACUGGUCCCCAGCCCUCCGUCUCCGCUUCCUCCCCCUCGUGUGUACAAACCCUGCUUCGUCUGCCAGGACAAAUCAUCCGGGUACCACUAUGGGGUCAGCGCCUGCGAGGGCUGCAAGGGGUUUUUCCGCAGAAGUAUUCAGAAGAACAUGAUUUACACUUGUCACCGAGAUAAAAACUGUGUUAUUAAUAAAGUCACCAGGAAUCGAUGCCAGUACUGCCGACUCCAGAAGUGCUUUGAAGUGGGAAUGUCCAAAGAAUCUGUCAGGAAUGAUAGGAACAAGAAAAAGAAGGAGCCUUCGAAGCAGGAAUGCACGGAAAGCUAUGAGAUGACGGCUGAGCUGGACGAUCUCACAGAGAAGAUCCGAAAAGCUCACCAGGAAACCUUCCCGUCGCUCUGCCAGCUGGGUAAAUACACCACGAACUCCAGUGCUGACCAUCGAGUCCGACUGGACCUGGGCCUCUGGGACAAAUUCAGUGAAUUGGCCACCAAGUGCAUUAUUAAGAUUGUGGAGUUUGCUAAACGUCUGCCCGGCUUCACCGGCUUGACCAUUGCAGACCAAAUCACCCUGCUGAAGGCCGCCUGCCUGGACAUUCUGAUUCUUAGAAUUUGCACCAGGUAUACCCCAGAACAAGACACCAUGACUUUUUCAGAUGGCCUUACCCUAAAUCGAACUCAGAUGCACAAUGCUGGAUUUGGUCCUCUGACUGACCUUGUGUUCACCUUUGCCAACCAGCUCCUGCCUUUGGAAAUGGAUGACACAGAAACAGGCCUUCUUAGUGCCAUCUGCUUAAUCUGUGGAGACCGCCAGGACCUUGAGGAACCAACAAAAGUAGAUAAGCUACAAGAACCACUGCUGGAAGCACUAAAAAUUUAUAUCCGAAAGAGACGACCCAGCAAGCCUCACAUGUUUCCAAAGAUCUUAAUGAAAAUCACAGAUCUCCGCAGCAUCAGUGCGAAAGGUGCAGAACGUGUAAUUACCUUGAAAAUGGAAAUUCCUGGAUCAAUGCCACCUCUCAUUCAGGAAAUGCUGGAGAAUUCUGAAGGACAUGAACCCUUGACCCCCAGUUCGAGCGGGAACCCAGCGGAGCACAGUCCCAGCAUCUCACCCAGCUCGGUGGAAAACAGCGGGGUCAGUCAGUCACCACUGGUGCAAUAA